CCAGCCUUUCAGGGUUUAAUAGGUUCUUUCUCAUGCAUACGUAGUUUCUAAUGUUCACAAUAGCCCCUUGAAGGAGGUGUUAGCGCACCUAUUUUUCAGAUGCCGGAACUAAGAAACGAACUGAUUUGUAAUAGACGGAGUUCCUAACCAAUGCAAAUAUUAUUGAAGACUUUUCUAGGCCAAAACCGAGCUAGGCUGUGGGAACCGAAUUCCAGUCAGAACUCAGCACCACAGAGGCCUCCCUCUUCCCUGGUUUGCAUCCCCAGCUCACUCUGCGCCUCCGGAACGUUUCAUAGAUUUUUGCUGAGUGAAAUCAACUUACCACCGCCGCCGCCGAAAAACUCCCGGGGCACAGAGCUCCGCCCCCACCGGGCCAGGCCCCACCUCCUCUGCGGUCGGUAUUGUCCGAUGGUUCCCGGCGUCCCUCGGCUUCCCUCGGUAGUUUCCGGCAAUGGUCGAGAGUUUCUAACGUGCCCCCUUGUUGUCUCUCGGCCGCCGUCCUCUCAACCACCGCCCCCCUUUUCGGCUCCCUCUCCCCUUCCCGUUCCCCCAGUCAGCCUGGCCCUGCUGGCGCCUCCGGCGCUACGGGCUGGGCAAGAUGGCGGCCUUCGGGAUCUUGAGCUACGAACACCGGCCCCUGAAGCGGCCGCGGCUGGGGCCUCCCGAUGUUUACCCUCAGGACCCCAAACAGAAGGAGGAUGAACUGACGGCCUUGAAUGUAAAACAAGGUUUCAAUAACCAGCCUGCUGUCUCUGGGGAUGAACAUGGCAGUGCCAAGAACGUCAGCUUCAAUCCUGCCAAGAUCAGUUCCAACUUCAGCAGCAUUAUUGCAGAGAAGUUACGUUGUAAUACCCUCCCUGACACUGGUCGCAGGAAGCCCCAAGUGAACCAGAAGGACAACUUCUGGCUGGUGACUGCACGAUCCCAGAGUGCCAUUAAUACUUGGUUCACUGACUUGGCUGGCACCAAGCCACUCACGCAACUAGCCAAAAAGGUCCCCAUUUUCAGUAAGAAGGAAGAAGUGUUUGGGUACUUAGCCAAAUACACAGUGCCUGUGAUGCGGGCUGCCUGGCUCAUUAAGAUGACCUGUGCCUACUAUGCAGCAAUCUCUGAGACCAAGGUUAAGAAGAGACAUGUUGACCCUUUCAUGGGUAAGUAACUCCUAACACCAGGUGUACUGCUGAUGGCUUCAAGGAG